AUGACAUUAUCCGACGACGAAAGAGAUGGUGUCUUCGACAUUGACGAAGAACUCGUGCCAGUGCGAGAGCUCAAGCAAGCUGGCGUUAUGGAAGUGGAUUUUGAGGGUUUGUUAAAGACACCCCUGAGGUUGGAAGAAGAUCUUAAGAAGGGGUGUGGUGGGAUGUUGUGGCCUGCUGGUAUGGUCAUGGCAAAGUAUUUGAUCAGACAGGAUAAAGAUCUUUUCAAGGAUAAGACGGUGGUCUUAGAGUCGAAUUGGGUGCUGGAGGUGGUUUGGUCGGUNCUUGCUGUCGCUCUGGGCUUUCAACUCGACCAUCCUCUACAUCUCACAGAUCAAAUCCCCAUGCUCGGCUUAAUGCAACGCAACAUCGCACUCAACAACCUCCAAGACCAAGUCAAAGCAUCGAUAUACGACUGGGGCGAGUCUGUUCCGGAAGGUAUACCUCAACGCCCAGAUGUCAUUCUAGCAGCCGAAUGCGUCUACUUCGAGCCUGCAUUCCCUCUUUUGCAACAGACCAUGAAGGACCUCAUUGGACCAAACACAAUCUGCUAUUUCUGCUUCAAGAAGCGCAGACGAGCAGACAUGAACUUUGUCAAGGUCAUGAAGAAGAUGUUUAUGGUCGAGCCUGUUGAAGAUGAUCCUGACAAACCGACGUGGUCGAGAGAGAAUCUUCAUUUGUAA